AUGCUGUGUUUAACCCGUUUCCGUGCAUGUAUGAAAAAGAAUGUUUUUCUUGAUUUGGUGAAGGAUCUCCGGUAUCGCACAGAGGCUCCUAUUGCCGACUGCAGUGCUGCCCUCAAGGAAACAGGUGGAGAUAUAGAAAAGGCGAUGGCGGUACUUCGCAAAAAAGGAGCCGCAACGGCCAUGAAAAAAGGUUCUCGAGUUACAGAACAGGGAAGUGUUGUAGCCUGCAUUGGAGGUGCAUUUGGUGCCGCUGUUAUUACGGUCUGCAGUGAGACGGACUUUGCCGCACGCAGUAUUCAAUUUCAGAAUGCCUGUGCGAAAGUAAAGGGGAAAAUGCAAACAAAGAUCAUUGAUAGCAAAGGUGCCAUUCUGGCAGAUCCUGCAGAGGCCCACCGAUCUCUUGUGGAGUCCACAACCGAUGAACUCCGCGCCACUAUUGCCGUUCUUGGUGAGAAUGUCACUAUUAAGUCUGUGCAGCCACUGCGACUCGCCCCGCACGUGACGGAGCGCAUUUCUAUUGGCUCCUACACCCACGGCGUGUUGGAUGUGCCGGAUGUGGGCCGCAUUGCGGGUCUCGUCGCGGUGAGUUGUGUAGAUCCCGCGGUGAGUGUGGAGCCAAGCACACUUGUGGAUGUGGCCAGACACUUUGUGGCCUGCAGCGGCGCGGAGGGGAAUUACGUCCAUCAGAACUUCUUCGGCACGGAGGAGACAGUGGGGCAGUGGUUGAAGCGCCAUGGUCUGCGAUUCAGUAGUAGUACGGUGGUGGAGUUCGGUAAAGAUCCCAUUAUACACACCGCCCAGCAGCCCCGUACAAACAGUAACUAA